AAUUUGUGGUGAAAUGAGCAUGGUAUAGAACCGAAAUUUAUUCACAUUACUCACAGGAGCAGCAGUCUUGACUGGAGCCAGUGUUCUACUUUUAAGAUUUCUGAAGAAACCCGAUGCGUAUCUCUGCUUUAAAUAUCAAAUAGGAACUCAACUAUUGAUCCUCAAGUCAUUGAUAGGGAAGUCAUCAUCAAAGUCUUGAAGGAGUUGAAGAAGGAGCUUUUCAGUGUAUUUCAAAAUUUUGCAGCUGUCGCCAUUAACAUUAAACAACAAUCCAUGGGCAGAGCCAGACCUGAGGACAUUAAAAUGAUGCUCUUAGAACAACGUAAGACUUCAAUCUCUAAUGUAGCCAUGUUUAGAGGAGAAAUAGAAUAAGUCGAAGAGAUGGUCUAUGGCCAAUUCAGAAUUACCAAGCAGUAAUUUGAGCACUAUUGCUAACAUAUCUAUCGUGAUGACCCUACUAUCAAAGAGCUCUAAAAGCAAAUGAAGGAAUCUUUUGAUAGAUCCUUUACAGGAUAAUCUCCAGAUCCUAAAACUGAUAUCCCAGCCUUUCUUACUGCAGAUACAACUUUUGAAAUCCUAGAGAAGGUCAUGACUGAAAGUGCCUUGAAAUUGAAUGAAAAAUUGCUUGAAUUACAAGAAAGAGGUGAACAAAUCAAUUUCUAAAGUCCCAAAAUGAUGGAAAUCAUGCAAUCACUCAAAAUGGAUAGUUCUAAGUAAAACUAUUACUCAUACUAGAAAGGACAUCCUAGAAUAAUAUGGAUUAAAUAAAUUUGAAGAUCCAGGAAGCAAAAUCUUACAAUAUGCCACCUAAGUCUACAGCCAAUAACAAAAUAGCAGUUUCAAUCUCAAGAUGAAAUAAUUAGAUAUGAAAUAUCAAUAAAUCAUGGAAUAACUCAUCAUGUAAGGUCCCAUGAGCAAUGAAGAGUUGAAACAAAGAAUGGAGUAAGUCCCAUAAUAAGAAUCAUCAUUCCCAUUCUAAGGUGUUCAAGAUGUUCAAGAUCCUAAAAUUCCUCCCAAACAAGAAGAAUAGAAAUAGCAAGAAGAAUAACCCUAACAAGCUCCAUUGGAAAAAGGAAACGAAGGACCCGAAAAUCAAAAUCAAGAAGCUUAACAAGAAUAAAUACAAUAAGUGUAACAACAACAAGAACAACAUGUAAAUCAACCCUAAGACAACCCAGCCCCAGAAUAAUAAUAGGUGUAGGAAGAAAACUAAUAAAGCAGCUGAGUAUUUUUAUUACAAAUAUGAUCAUUAUUAAU